AUGACUUUUGUACCGAAUCAUUUUCAGGUCAAUCUAGUGGACUGGUUGAAGAUGAUGGUUGGAACGAGGCGAUCCGAAGAAGUAGUGGAUCCAAACAUAGAGGUAAGACCACCUACAAGAUCACUGAAACGAGCCCUUUUGACCGCUCUGAGAUGUGUCGAUCUGGAUUCCGAUAAACGGCCAAGAAUGAGCCAAGUUGUGUGUAUGCUUGAGUCCGAGGAAUAUCCCAUUCCAAGAGAGGACUGAAGACGUUCUAAAACUCGAGAGGGGAGUAUGGACUCGGACAUUGACAUGAGUGCACCUUACUCAAGAUCACAGAGCAGGAGACAGUAAUCUGAGUAAUUAUCAACAUGCAUAAGCUUUCAAAGAGAUUUAUGAUUAUGAGGAGAUCUCUACUAUUCUUUGAGCUGGUUCUUGUGCAUUUUCUGUUAUUAUUUUUCAGUUUUUGUGUGGUUUUGAUAGGGAUUAGUAGACGAUAGAUUAUUGCUUGUACAUGGGAUUGGUUUUGUAUUUAGAACCCCUACAUCAACGUAAUAGAUUGGUAUGCACAGUAUUAUAAAAUCUUCUGUUCAGAAUCUCUGCAGAUUUCAAAGCA